CUUCAAGUCCUUGCAGGGUGUUGGCAUCUGUCACCACCAUGGCCAGGAGAGGAGACAGGACCAUGUGGCUGUUCCCUGCUCUGCUCCUCUUCCUCCCAGGCUGCUCCACUGCUCAGGAUCCAAUCACAGGUCCAAACAUGGUGAGUGAGCAUGGCUCCUUGACUGUGCGGUGUCCUUAUGACUCAUCCUGGAAGAAUAAUAGAAAGUACUGGUGCCGAGGAGCUGAUUGGAGUACAUGUAAGAUCCUCAUUGAAACUGAUACAUCAGAGCAGUUGGUGAAGAAGGACCGUGUGUCCAUCAGGGACGACCAGACCGACUUCAUCGUCACAGUGACCAUGGAGGACCUGAGGAUAAGCGAUGCUGGCACUUACUGGUGUGCAAUUGAGAAAAUUGGACAUGAUCCCCAUUUUGAAGUUAAUGUCAACAUUGACCCAGCCCCAGAAACUUCAACUAAAAUAAUGUCAAUCAUGGCCCCAGAUCUGACAUCCACAGAAUCAACCAUGGAGAACACUGUCAACUAUGGAGAGACUCAAACUGGCACCCUCACCUGGUCCCUGCUGAGCAGCAUCUACUUCAAGCUCCUGGUCUUUGUGGAGGUGCCCCUGCUCCUGGGCAUGCUCAGUGCCAUCCUCUGGGUGAACAGGCCUCAGAGGUUCUCUGGGGGAGGUGAAAUUGGUUAAGAGAGAAACACCUUCUAAAAAACAGAAAAUAAUACCUCUCUCCCUGGUGUGUGUGUGUGUGUGUG